AGGUCCCGCAGAAAGAGACAGACUGGGCUAGAGACAGAAAGAAAAAGGUACGGGAAAAAGAAAGGGAGGACAGAAGAAGAUGAGAUAUCAUGACUUGCAGCUGAAUUGCUGAAGCAUUUUAAGUGUGCUUGAGAGGGAAAGCAGGAAAAGCAAAAGGGGGAGUAAUACAGUGAAAAAAGAGAAGAGAAGAAAGAAAGGGAGUACAGCCAACUGGCAUAGUUUGAGUUAUUCGCCUCAGCUUUAAAAGUCUCAGGCUGCCCAGACUUCAAACCACACGGACCAAGGUCUUCUCUGCUCUCUCUACGACUGCAGUAAUGGAGGGUCUGUGAGAGGAGAGUUGGAUUUAAAGAGAUUGAGUGUAUCACCAUUGUUUUGUUUUAGUGUGGAUUUUGGUUCUGUUCAUCCUCCUUUCAGCUUCACAGCACUGACAUAAUUAUCUUAGUAUCUAACAUUAAGAGUCAGACCUCCAGUACAAUGGGCAUGCAGAAUGGAGUAUGAAAUUGACUUCUACAGACAUUUUGCCUGGCUUAGGAAGGUAAAUCCCCAUUCAUCUGGCAAUAGUGAGUCCUACCAGGAGCGGUUAUCACGUCUGGAGGGAGACAAAGAGUCACUUAUUCUGCAGGUAAGUGUGCUGACAGACCAGGUGGAAGCUCAGGGGGCCAAGAUCAGCAAUCUACAGAGUUCUCUGGUGGAGCAUCAGCACAAACUCAACUCCACCGAGGAGAUGCUGCAGCAGGAACUCCUGCAUAGGGCGUCACUGGAGAAACAGAAGUUGAAUCUUAUGGGGGAGGUGUCCUACCUGAAACUAAAGCUGGCAGACAUGGAGGGAAAACAGAGCCAUGGAGCUGAAAGGCAGCACAAAGCAGAGACUGUAGUGAAUUUUAUUAGUGAACUGCAGGAGCAGAUGUGUAGGUUUCAGAAGGAGAUCAAUAGCAAGAUCCAAGAGAAAAAGGCUUUGGAGAUCCCGACUGACAGCAGCUCUACAGUUUCGUGCCCCACUGAGUCCACCGAGGGUGACGGCUCAAACAUCGGGCCGUCCUGUGACAGAAACCCAGGGCUGAUGCACAAACUAGAAGAGGCUUCAGAAGGGCCUGAUGGGAACGCACACAACCUGGGAGAGGGUAGCUCAGAUGAUGAGCAGCAAUACUACUGUGGAGAAGAAAGUGGCUUACUUAAAGAGCUCAGGAUUCUUAAGGACAAAGUGGAGCACCUGGAGGAUCAGAAGUUACAUUAUGAGAAGAAACUCAAAGCAACAAAGGAAGAGAUCAGCAGCCUACAGCAGCUUCUGCUCAGUAAGAACGCUCAGAUCGAGAGCUUGCACACUCGGCUGCUGGCCAGACCAUCUCCAUCCCCUGAGAGCUCGGAGAGAGAUCAGGAGCUGCAGAGCCUUAGGAGUGGAAUGAAAUCACUAGCGGCUGCUAAUGAUGAAAAGGACAGACGUAUCGAAGAGCUCACACUGCUCCUGAAUCAGUGCAGGCAAUUCAGAGAGGUCCCUCACACCACAAGGCAAGCUCCACCUGCUGUUCGUUCAUUUUCAAAUGGUAGAACGCCAUCAAGCAGCAGUGAGGAAGAGGCGCACGUACUGAUGAAGAAUACUGACUCUGCCAGUGCAAAAUCAGUGGAUGUAAAGUCUGAAGUUUCCACAAGCAGUUCUUCCUCCCAACAAACAUCUAUUUCAUCAGCCCAGAAGGACAGUGAUUCCCGAUCAGAACCUUUCUCAAGUAGUAUGAAUGACCUAACGAAUGCCCCUUUACAAAAGAGUGGUCUGGAUGACACCAGAAGUCAGACACCGCCUGUGAAUUCCUCUCUGUCAGAGCAGAAUGGGAGCAGAGACAGCAGCAGUGAAAUCCAGAGUCAAAGGUCUCCAGAUGGGAGCGAAGAUGGAGACUCCAGCCAAAUAAAGUUGGAGAAAGUCGACGACAGCACUUCAAGCGAUAAUUCCCCUGUUCCCCAUUCUGGAGCAAACACGCAGCCUGGCCAACGGGCUGUGGGCUCACCAGAAUACAUGAAGAAUAACAGGAGCUUUAAAAGGCUCUGGGGAAAACUUCGAAGAACCCAAUCUGGAGGGCUCCAGGCAACGGAUCCCGAUGCCGGUCAGUUUAGAAGAGGUGGGCUGCGUGCAACAGCAGGACCCAGACUGACCAGGACCCCCGAAUCAUAUGAUUCUGCACGUGAUAUGAAUGUUCCAUUCAGCCAGUGGACCAAAGAGCAAGUAUGUGGCUGGCUGGAGGACUAUGGAUUGGGCCAGUAUGUCAAUCUCACCAGGCAGUGGGUUGAAAAUGGACAGAUACUGCUGUCUGCAACACCUCAGGACUUUGAGAAGGAGAUGGGUAUGAAGAAUCCACUGCACAGGAAGAAGCUGCAGCUUGCUCUGAAAGCAUUCACCACUAAAGUUAUAGAAAAAUCAUCAGAGCUGGACUACAUCUGGGUCACCCGUUGGUUGGAUGACAUUGGUUUGCCUCAGUAUAAAGAUAAUUUCCAUGAAGCACGAGUGGAUGGUCGAAUGAUACAAUACCUCACAGUGAAUGACCUCUUGACGCUAAAGGUCACCAGCCAGCUUCAUCAUCUUAGUAUUAAAUGUGCCAUCCAUGUCCUUCACGCCAACAAGUUCAACCCCAACUGUCUUCGACGUAGGCCAGGGGAAGAGAAACAGCCCUCUCCCUCAGAGGUGGUGCAGUGGUCUAACCAUCGCGUGAUGGAGUGGCUGAGAGCAGUGGAUUUAGCCGAGUAUGCCCCCAAUCUACGGGGCAGUGGUGUUCAUGGUGGGCUGAUUAUCUUGGAGCCUCGCUUCAGCUCAGAGACUUUGGCUCUGCUGUUAAAUAUUCCUCCGCAAAAGACUUUGCUACGUCGCCACCUCGCCACUGCCUUCUCUGCCCUGGUGGGACAUCAGGCCACGCAGGAGAAGCGAGAGUAUGGAAAUGCCACAGGCCACGUGCCCCUCACUACCACUGCUAAAGUAAAGCCAAAGAAGCUAGGUUUCACUCAAUUUAGUCACCUCAGGAAGAGGAAACCUGAUGAAUCUGCAGACUAUAUCUGCCCAAUAGACAGUGGGGCGCUGACAGUGAAUGGAGUUUCUCGCUUGCCCUCUGCAGCACUCAGGGGCCUUAGCCCCAACAUGGACAGACAGACUGAGAGGCGCGAGCAGGUGGGGAUAAGAGCUCUGGCUAAUGGCCCAAAACAAUAAUUAAAAAAAUACCGCACACUCCCGUCUCACUCUCUAAGUGACUUUGCAAAUCAGUGAAAAUUCUGAUGCAGAAAAGCACCCAAGAUGAAUCCAUGAGGAACUUGCUGAAUGGGCUGCAAUAAUGCUGUAUUAAGCAGCUGAUGUUAAUUGUUGUUAAUGUAUUUUUAACCAGAUGUUGCUUAAUGCAAAAUUCAUCUAAAUUGGUGAUGAAUGGUGACAUUGUGUUAAAUGUUUUAUGAAAGCUGCUCUCUGCAUUCCUUCUACAUUUGGAUUCCACAGCUUCUACUUUCACUACUACUUACUAUUUUACAGACCAUUUUGUGUAUAAAUGUUUGCAGAUUUAGUUAGAACGGUGAUGACCAUUUCUUGUUAUAUAUCUGGAUUGGCCGCACAGUAUAAUAAGUGACACCAGUUACUUUAAGAAUGUCUUGUCUGUAUGAACAAUUAAAACAUGUUGUUUCUUGCCACUACACUUACUCUUCUGCACCUUUGAAUCAGGUUUGUUUGUAAAGGAUUCUCCUAUCUAAAUGUUGCCUUGUUUCAUUGAUUAUGAAUAUGCAGUAAUAUAAUAAGCAUCGGAUCAACGGUUACCAUAGUCUCGUCAUGUCUUGUUGUUGUAAUAUUGGAGACCAUCAACGCAAAUGCUUUUGCUGCCAUCUGGUGCUUUAUUGCAUAUUCUCUCUCUAAACAGCUUCAUCAAAUGUCAGCUCAAUUAUUACAUACAUUACUUACUGCAUGUGAGUAACAGAUGUAAUUUUCAAGUUUACGUUUUGAGACUUUUUAAUUUCAGAAAAGUUUUAGCAUUGGUGCAAUAAAUUUCAUUAUAGUUAGAGAGACACAUUACUUUUGGAGGAUGGAUCUUAGGAUCUUAAAUGUGCAGUUGAUCCAAGGCUGCCCAUUUCUGGUCAAAAAUCUGAAAUAUAAAAUGGUUGGCACCACACUGUUGUACAGGAGGUUUGGUUUGUGCUAGCCCAGGUUCUUUGAAGGGGAGGCGCCUUAAUAGCUGCCAUAGCAGUCAAGACUGAAAUAAAAUCAGUUUUGAUUUGGUUGGUGAGCUAACAAAAAUAAAAGAAUCAAACAAUCAAUGA